UUUCAGUUUCAGUUGGGCCGUUAUUACAAAACGAACUUCAUCUUCGUCAACACUGAUGAAAUCGUCCUGGCGCGCCUUCAGACUCCCAUACAGCAACAAACAGCUCGUCCGCGGACUAACUGACGAUGAAGAGAGCCAGGAGCGGCGGCGAUGAGGAAGCUCCCCGGCAGAAUGGCACCGCUGGCGGGAGGAGAGGAGAGCAGCAGCAGCAGUCUGACGGGGACAACGGCGGCUGCGACUUCGGCCCGGCUGACCUGCAAGACGACGACAAUGACCCCGGACUCAGGAGGGAGAUACGGAGCAAGUACAGAGACCUCAUUAACUCAGUGCAACAGAACAGGGAAGACAUGCUGAGUCCCUCCAACAACAAACUCACAGAAGUUUUAGAAGAAGCAAACAAACUUUUUAAAGAUGUCCGACAGGCAAGAGAAGCAGCUCUGGACGCCCAGCUCCUUGUUGUGGCCACAGACCUGGGGAAGGAGAAAGCCACCCAGCUGUUCGCUGAGGGCAACACGUUCGAUCCCACCGCUUUCGCCGAGCACCUUCUGUCCUUCAUGGGUCUUAACCGACUAGAAGACGGGGAGGACGAGCAGCAGAACGGGGACGUGGUCGAUGGCUACCUGCCCAAGGAUGCUUGGCACAGACUGGCCAGGAGAGCCGAGUGCUGCUUCAGGACGGCCCCGUCCUUCCACUAUAUGAUGGGUUCAUUUCAUGCAGAGCCCCCGCCUCCUAAACAAAGGAUAGAACGGCAACGAAAGGCACCAAGCAAGGAAGCUAAAAGGAUAAUGCCCACCCAGCUGAAGAAAAUGGAAGACUCCCAACAAGAAGCGACAGAGAAAGAAGUUGAAAGGAUCCUGGGAUACCUAAAGAGUUAUUACCAAGAUGAUCCAACAUCCCCAAUAUCGUAUUACGAGUUCGUCAUCGACCCCAGCUCCUUCUCGCGGACAGUGGAGAACAUUUUCCACACGUCAUUUCUGAUCAGGGAUGGUUUGGCACGGAUGUAUCUGGAUAAUGCCAAAUUGCCUUGUAUAGCGCCUGUAGAGGAGGGGGAAGUAGAAGCUGGAGGAUCUCAAAGCCGUAAACAGUGCAUCGUCUCUUUCAGCCCGAAGAUAUGGAAGGAGCUCAUAGAUGCCUUCGACAUCACAGACACGAUGAUUCAUCCUCCGAACACGCAGACUGAGUGAUGGACCCUGCCACGUUUUGUUGGCUGAAAAUGAACAUUGUUUUUAGGUGUGUCAUGUCAUUCUCUUUUUUUUUUUUUUUUUUUAAAUUUCCCUAUAAAAACAAGUCAAACUGUUUGACAGAUUUUUGCAAUGCCCCGCAUAGGUUUACACUUGUAAACUGUGAGUUUUAAUUUUUACUGUUUUUAAAUGUUUGAAUAAUAAAAGAGUCGAGAAAGUGGA